AUGAAGUUUAGUAAUAUAGCAAUCGAAAGAAAAAUUCAUUUGGUAACUAUCAUAUGUUAUUACUAUAAUGGAGAUAGUAUUAUCCAAUUAGAAGAUUUUGUAAAUGGUUUUCUUGGAAAAAACAAGUGGUCAUUAUAUAUAGCAAGCAAAGCUGAAGUACAAGUUAAAGAAAGAAAUGAAUUUCAAGCGAAACCACUACUAACCCAUCUUAAAAAUGACUUAAAUGAAUUUAGUGUUCUAAAUCAAAAUGUUGAAAAACUUCAUUUAUUAUUAGCCAUUAUUCAAGGUGAAGGCUUUGAAUAUCAGUCAAUGCAGAAAACAAUGUUUGGUCAUGUUUUAAGAGAUUUAACAGAUUUCUCAUCAUUUUUUACAAAAUAUAUGGAAAAAGUAAUUGUAUUUAUUGUUGAUGGUAUUGAUGAAAAUCAAUAUUUGAGUUCAAAUAAAGAAGAAAAUAAAAUAUCAUUUGAAUCAUUUUAUCGCUCUUCUGUCUCACAAAACAUUCUUGCAUUAACUAUGGCUAAUUAUUUUUAUUUAUCAUUAUUUUAUCCGAAAAGAGAUGACAUUAAUAUACUUGAUGCUAUAGCACGACCUGAUAAAUUUCCAACAUAUACACUAACGUGGAACACAAAAUCAUUAAUGAAUUAUGCUGAUUAUGUUCUUCAAGAAUUAAAUAAAAAAGCUUCAUAUUCUCGUUGUCGAUCAUUCGAAGAUUUCAAGACACUAGUGAAUUACACAAAUGAAGGAAUAGCUGAAAUUGUUGAUCGAAUACAGACACCAAGAGAACUACAUUACUUUGUACCGGAACUUAUGCAGAAGAUGAAUGAUGAUGCAAAUCAUGUUCCAUAUCCAUUUAUAGCCACAUAUGAAAAUGUUCGUGAUGCUUUUAACAUUAGUAGUAAACAUUUUGGACCUAGUAACUGA